AUGUCGUCACCAACAAACUCAUCAUUUACAAGUUCUUCUCCAAUUCGUGAAAAUCGCUGGAAGGGACCGGCUCCAACUUGGCAACGAAUUACGGAAGAAGAACGUGGUUUGGCGGCCUCGCUGGAUGAAAUCCGAAACAAGGAUUUGAGCAUUCACUUGUAUAAUUCCUUCGCGUUGAAAAAGCGAGCCCGGGAAUUGGAAGCGAAUGAUGUUGGUGAUGAUGAGGAUGAAAAUCGAGAUGAUUUGAACGGAUUUGUGCCUCCUAAAAAAUGGACCGCAUGGCCGAUGGAAGCGACGGAGGUGCCGAGGGAGGGCGAGCAGAUAGGCCCAGAUGAUGGAGAUGAAAUGUUCACAUUGAGAAAAAGGGAGGUUACGAAACUUAGUAGAGAUUUGGAAGAUAUUUUGAUGGGAGUUACUUUGAAAUAUGCAAGAGAGAGAUUUCUGGAGAGAGAAACCGCCGAGGAUCAAGACGCACACGUCGAAGAUGGCAAUGCAGAGGAAAUUGACGAUGAAACGCAGCAAGAGCCGUCGGACGAUGCUCAAGAUGGAGUAGAAAGGAUUAGAAAAUCAUCAGAACCGCCUCCAACCACCACUCUCCUGCGACCCGAGGUUUCAGCUGAUGACGAACGCUCUCGAGAUUUGUUGCGACCAUCGGUCAGACACACACUCUCGCAAUUGGAUGAUGUCUUGAUGGCUUUGCAUCAUGCACGUAAAACUUGCAGGCAGUAUGCCUCACAAGCCGAAUUUGAUACAGAUGGAGAGUCUCGUUCGCGUGCAACCAGCAUAGCUGGUGAUGCCACGGAUAGAGAUUCACCCGUUAAAAAAGCAGUAGGUCGGCCUCGCAAGCUUAAGUCUACUGGCAAUCCAAAAAUUGGUCCUGAAUUCACACCAAAUGAGAAUGCCCUCGACCGCCCGGAUCUUUGGCGAGCUAAGAAAACCCACCGAGGACGACCGAAGAAGGUUUAUGCGAGACUAGAAGGUGAAUCGCAACAUGAGUAUCUCACUCGGAUUGCCAGAAUUCAGAAGAAACCUCUACCUAGUUUCGCCCCACCGAUGGAGCCAAGUACACCUAAAAGAGGAGUUACCCCUGUCCCAGUGUCCCCUCAAAAAUCCCCAAGAAAGCACUCGGGGAAACCACGCAAGCAUAUGCUAGGACUUAGAGAUUGGAGCGAGGUACUAGGAUCUGCUGCCUUGGCUGGAUUCUCGCCGAGUGUCAUUGCUAGGGCUACGCAAAGAUGUGCAGACUUGUUCGAAGAAAAUAUGACGAUGAGGACUUUGGUUGAGGGGCCUGCCGCAAAAGGAAAAGUCGAUAUUGUUACAGAGUAUUAUCCCGGAAUGAUACCCGAUCUUGGUGAAUCUGACGAUCAUGUGUCAUCCUCGGAUGAAUCUGAAGAAGAAUCAUCGAAUCCAGCAUCCGAUACAGAGAACGCGGAGAACGAAGAAUCUUCACACAUAAAGCAUAGAGUCCAUCACUGCCCAGUGACUAAAUGUCAAGGAAAUAAGGAUGGUUUCAAAACGGCAGCCAGACUCUUGAGACACGCGCUGGCAGAGCAUGAUCUCUCGAAAUCAGAACUCGAGGUUCUUAAUAUUGAGAGUGACGAUGAGAUGGAUGGAGCGGUACACAUUGAUAGGUUUCUAAAGCCAAUGAAGGCAAAUAGAGGAUGGCGGGGCAUUGAUAAGGAGAAGAGGAAACAACGUAAAUUGGGAAUAUACGGGGGUCAGGAACAGGUAUCUGCUACUAGUGAUAGUGAUAGUGAUGAAGAUGAGGAUGAAGUAUUAGAUUCACAUACAGAAUCGGAGUCGGAAUCAGGAUCAGAGGAACGUAAAGGCAACGAAGAUGAGAAUGAAGAAGAAAACGAAGAUGCAGGAAGCGAUGAUCAAGAAACUAAUAUGAUAUCUUCAUGA